GCGAGAGAGAGAUGGAGGCGGGGGGGAAAAAAGUCUCGCGGCUCUGCGGGGACUGGAGGAGCCUCGUGCCCUGGACCGGCGGCGCGCGGCUGGCCAACGUUCAACCCUCCCCUCGUUCCACACAAGCAGUUUCCAACCACGCGCGCGCUGCGACAGGUCGAACUCGCCGCCUGUUCUUCUUCUUCUUCACAACAAACAACCGCCGGGUUAAAAACUGAUUUCCUGAGAGGUGAAAUUUGAGAAUGAAUGGAGGCAUGGAUUCCACCAGCAAAGAGUCAGCUGCAGUUUGGGCCCAGGAUGAUUUACUGAAACUUCUGGAUGCCAUGAAAGUGAAUCUUCCCGAGAAAGACCUGACCAAGUACAAGACGACUGAAGCUCAUCUGGACUGGGGGAAGGUUGCUUUUAACACGUACUCAGCAGAGAUGUGCAAACAGAAAUGGCUUGAAGUCUCCAGAGAGAUUCGUAAAUUCCGAACACUGACGGAGUUAAUUGUCGAUGCCCAAGACUACAUCAAGAAUCCCUACAAAGGCAAAAAACUGAAGAAACACCCAGACUUCCCCAAGAAGCCACUGACCCCAUACUUUCGCUUCUUUAUGGAAAAGAGAGCAAAGUAUGCUAAACUUCACCCGGAGAUGAGCAAUCUGGACCUGACAAAGAUCCUUUCCAAAAAGUACAAGGAGCUGCCUGAACGUAAAAAGGAGAAAUACGUUAAUGAUUUUCUCAAAGAAAAGGAAGCUUUUGAGCUUAACAUGUUAAAGUUCAAGGAGCAGCAUCCAGACCUGCUGGAGAAUACAGGCAAGAAAGCGUCCAAUGUACCAGAGAAACCUAUGACUCCACAACAAUUGUGGUACAACCAUGAGAAAAGAGCUUACCUCAAAAUUCACCCUGAGGCCACCACCAAAGACAUUAAAGACAGUCUGGGGAAGAAGUGGACACAGCUUCCAGAUAAAAAGAGACUGAAGUGGAUCACCAAAUCUCUGGAGCAACAUAAACAGUAUGAGGAGAUUAUGCGGGAGUUCAUUCAGCAACACCCACAGCUGAACCUGACCGAAGAUGAUAUUGUCAAGACCACUUUGACCAAAGCAGAAAGACAGCUGAAGGACAGGUCUGAUGGGCGACCAGGGAAACCGCCAUCGAAUGGUUACUCAAUGUUCUGUGCUGAGCUUAUGUCUGGCAUGAAAGAUGUUCCAAGCACCGAGCGCAUGGUCAUGUGCAGCCAGCGCUGGAAACUGCUCAAACAGGGCGAGAAAGACGCGUAUCAGAAACGCUGUGAGCAGAAAAAGAAAGAAUAUGAAGUUGAGAUGAACCGAUUCCUGUGUAGCAUUUCAGAGGAAGAACAGCAGAGAAUUUUGGCAGAGCAGAAGAUGGUCGGAUUUAAAAAGACUACUGGUGGCGCUAGCCCUGGUCCCAAAAAGAGCUCUAAAGCAAAGAGUAGCCCUGUUAAGCCAAAGCGACCAAUCUCUGCCAUGUUCAUAUUUGCUGAGGAAAAGAGGCCGAAACUUCAGCAAGAGAGGCCUGACUUGUCUGAUAGUGAACUCACCAGACUUCUGGCCCGCAUGUGGAAUGACCUCUCGGACAAGAAAAAGGAAAAAUACAAGAACUUGGAGGCAGUGCUGAAGGCAGAGUCAGAGAAACGAGGGAAAGAGGAGCAAAGCAAGCUGCCGGACCCACCCAAGACCGCACAGGAAAUUUGGCAGCACAGCGUUAUUGGUGAUUACUUGGCCAGAUUUAAGAAUGACCGACCAAAGGCACAAAAAGCCAUGGAGGCCACGUGGAACACCAUGGAGAAAAAGGAGAAAAUCAUGUGGAUCAAAAAGGCUGCAGAGGACCAGAAGAGAUAUGAGAGAGAGCUGAGUGAGAUGCGCUCUCCUGCUGGGGUGGUUGCGUCAGGGAAGAAGAUGAAAUUUGAAGGAGAGCCCAAAAAGCCACCAUCAAAUGGCUAUCAGAAGUUUUCUCAGGAAAUGCUGUCUAACGGGGAGCUGAACCACCUGCCCAUGAAAGAGCGUAUGACUGAAAUCGGUGGCCGCUGGCAGAGCCUCCCGCAGAAGGAGAAAGACCGCUACAAGAAAAUUGCAGAGGAGAAACAGAAGCAAUACAAAGUGCAGCUUGAACAGUGGCUUGCGAGCUUAUCAUCUCAAGAGAGAGCUGCAUAUAAGGAAUACAAUUCUUUGAAAAGGAGAAGCACAAGUAAACCGGGUGGUACCAGUGCUAAACAGAAAGCCAAGGCCAAGACCUCAGAUGAAGAAGAUGAUGAUGAUGAUGACGAUGAUGAAGAGGAGGAUGAGAAGGAGUCUGAUGAGGAAUCAUCCAGUGCAGAGGAGAGUGAAGAAGGGGAUGAUGAUGAUGAGGAGGAUGAUGAGGAUAAUGAGGACGAGGAUGAAGAGGCAGAAGAUAAGGAGAAUAAAUCCGAGAGCAGCAGCAGUGCGUCCAGCUCAGAGGAUUCCUCUGACUCUGACUCUGAGUGAGGGGCAGCUGGAGCAGAGUGAGCCCACAGACUGCCACAGACCCUGUGAACUGAGCCAUGAGGCAGAGCCUUGGGGCUGCAGUGCACUCCUCCAGCCACCAGGCGGAGCGCUUUCCACUGCACCACCACGUCCAUUCGCAUCUCUCGCACACCUUCCUUUGCGUUAGCCUUCCCCCCCCUUACUCCUUUCAUCCUGCCUGGCUGAGCUUGCCUGAUGAGUUUACUGAGCACUGAGAGGACUCUUAAAUUCCCCAUGAGUAACACACAUCUGUAACUUUAGCAGAGAUUAAAGGAUCCCAUGAGCGAUUUUAAAAUCUAUGGGAAAUUUUAAAUAUUAUUUUCAUACCAUCAAACUUCGUGGCGUUGUUUGAAUGAAAGGCUUGGGUUCUUUUCCAGUCCUUUUAGGGGGAACGAAGGACCCGUGAGCCAAAGAAUCUUGUAGCUCUGUGGGGUUUCUUUGAGGAGGUGAAGCGAACCAAAUGAUUCUCCUGUCUCCUCCUCCUCGAUUCUAAUCCACAUCUUCAUCACCUUUCCAGUUUUUUCCCCCUUUUCACCCUGUCCUGCUAUAGUGGUGUAAUUUUGUUCUUUGGUUCAUGAUGUGGUAACUUCAGGAACAAUUUUUUUGUGUGUGUGUGUGUCAUGUAGAAUGCGUGUAAAUAAGCCUCCAUCUCCUGUACUUGUUAGGUGUUGGAGCUUGGAGCUGCUCCAUCCAUGUUUUUCUUUUUCCUCUUCCUUUGUAUAAAUGGCAGCGAUUCCUUGUUUUGUGUUGGAUUUUAACAUUUCUCAAAUGUUUGCUUUAAAUUUAAAGCAGACAUUUUCUGAGUCUUUAUAAUAAAAAAGCAAAAAAAAAAAAUUCCCCAGAUGUGGUGUCCAUUUUGAGAGGAAUCUCCUCCCCAAAACCCUGUGUGCAACAGAUUAUUAGUUAGAAUUAUAACUGGGGUUGGUCUGAGGUUCUGUUUUUCUUUUUCGCCUUUUUUAUUUAAAUUUAACGUGGCUUUGCAGGGCUACUCAUUUCCUUUUAAAAAUGGUUUGUUUUAAAUAUUGGUUUAUUUUUAAACAUCUAGUAUGUAUAAUUUUCCCCCCCUUGCGCUUAUCCCGAACAGGCUCACAGCUGACUGUCCUCUGUGUUCCUGUUGCCCCAUUUCCUUUCACCCCUCUGUAUUUUUAGUCACUGACGUAUUCCGAUACGCACCAGCUCAAGGAAUGUAAACAAAUGUUUUACUUAACAUAAAGGAAUUCUCCUCUGUUAUGUAUAUAUGAACAGUUUGGGGUGGCUGUCUCUCCCCUGCCCCCAUCUGUUGUGCCCUGUGUCUUUUGGGGGGGGGGGAUCAUUGCAUAAAAAUUUUUAAAGAGUUUGCUAGGUUGAGCUAUGUGUGCUGAUCACUGGUGUCUGUCACUUUUUGUUUUAUGCUCCAUCAUGAUGUUAGGAGACCCAGAGAUGUUACAUCGGUUCCACUUUGAAUGAACAAGACAUGAUGAUGAUGUGUGUCCUGUAUAUCCCACUGAAUGACCUGCUUAUUUAUAUUUGUUGAGGAGCAUAACAGCUUCAGAACCCAUUGUAGAUUUGGCAAUAGUACUAGAAGUGAUGAGCUCAGUGCAGAUGGAUGUGGUUCACUGCUGUUGUAUGGUAAUUGUAAAUACGAAUUUUUUUUUUUUUUAAUUUGUAUUGAAUGAACAUCUGGUUUAAUUUGUAUUUUCAUUUGACCAAGCUUCCCUGGGUGGUACCGACAGCAGCCACUGGUCUGGAUUAGUUUGUCAUUUGCUCUGAGGAGGGAAAAUUUUAAAUUUGUUUUUAUACCCCUCAGCUAUUUGUUUAUUUGUAGAAAUGGCAAAAGAAAUUUGUACUGCUAAUUUGGAACAUUUGGAUGUUUUCUAUAGUCAGAGGUGUUGUUAUAUUCCUGGAAUAUACCAUUUGAACAAAUAAACAUGUCUUUAGCAA